GUAAUGCUGAGCUUGUCUGUUGUGCUACCAGCUGCUUGGACUCUGCUGAAGGAAGAAGGGUGAUAGACAAGUAUGAAGAAAUGAUCCGACGGCUCGACAGGUAUCAGGAAAAGCUCUAUGAGGACUGGUCCCAGACAGUCUCUGAGAAAUUGCAGUACAACCUUACUCAACCACUCAUCCGGCGAGAUCCAGAAACCAAACUUCUCACAGUCAAUUUUGAUCCCCAGCUGGUUUCAGUGCUGAGAGAGGUGAGCUACCUGUCUGGCAGCAAGAUGGCAGCCAUCCCACCGACAGCAGCAGCCAUCUAUUCCUCCAAGGAAUCAUACCGGCAGAUGGUGGCCAACUUGGAGCUGAUGGUGAACAAAUACAACAAGGUCCUGAAGACGGUCCUAGAGGUUGAAUACCCUCUGAUACAGGGGCAGCUGCAGGAUAUUGACUUCAAGCUGAAAGAGGCAGAAGAAACACUGAACUGGAAGAUGGAGGGUAUCUGGGAUCACAUCUCUGUGGUGAUGAAUAGUGUCCAUGACCUUGAACAGAGGAUACAGAAAGCCAAAAACAAUGUUGAGGAAAUCCAGACCACCAUGCAAUCAUGGGUGUCACCCAUAUUCGAGAGGAAAGAUGGUAAAAGGGAAUCACUGCUAAGCCUAGAAGACUGCCAGGACCGUCUGGAAAGGCGUUACAGCACCAUCAGAGAGUCAGGGCAGAAGAUUCAUUCGCUGGUGAAGGAAAACCAGAGCCUCUUACUUGCAGACCCAGCAUCUGAUGACUGGAAGGCCUAUGUGGAUUACAUGGAUGAGAUAGUCCUGGAUGGAUUCUUCACUGCCAUUGAGUGCUCGCUCAAGUACCUGCUGGAAAACACAGAUCCCAAGGCAGGGCUUGCCCCCCUCUUUGAGGUGCAACUGGAUUUAGUGAUGCCAGAUUUAAUAUUUCGUCCCUCCUUGGACCCCGGCACGAAUGAUGGCUUCUACGACAUGGUGGAAAGUCUUCUCAAUGACAUCUACCGGAUCUCAUCGCUGGUGCCCAGGCUGGCCGAGCACAGCGGCUUCCCCCAUUACCAGGCUGACAUGGAGGACAUGGCUGAUCUGGCUGACAUGCGCCAUGACCUGAUGGGACGUGUGCAAGCCGUGAUGGUGGCCUGCUGUGAUUACCGCAGUGCCUUUGACCACUACUCCUACCUCUAUGGGGAAGACAGAAAGGAGUUCUGCCGCCAGUUCCUCCUCUAUGGGCACAUCCUCACCGCUGCAGAAAUUGAGGCCCAUGCAGAGGAUGGGGUCCCCAAGACACCUCCCACACUGCAGCAGUUCAGAGAGCAGAUCGACUCCUACGAGAAGAUUUAUGAGGAGGUGAAUCGCAUUGAACCCAUCAGCAUCUUCCAGAGCUGGAUGAAAGUCGAUGCUCGUCCUUUCAAGGCAUCCUUGCUGAAUAUGAUUAAAAGGUGGAGCUUGGUGUUCAAGCAGCAUCUCAUGGACCAUGUCACGUACAGCCUGGCUGACCUUGAUGAGUUCAUAAAAACUGCCGAUAAAGGUUUGAGCAAAAAGGUUGAAAAAGGCGAUUAUGAUGGCUUGGUGGAGAUUAUGGGUCAUCUCCUGGCUGUUAAAGAAAGGCAGGGUGCCAUCGAUGCUGUGUUUGAGCCCCUGAAGCAAACCAUCGAACUGCUGAAGACAUACGAGCAACAGCUGCCAGAGGAAGGCUACAAGCAACUGGAGGAGCUGCCAGAAAAAUGGAACAAUAUAAAGAAGCUGGCAAUAGCUGUGAAACAGCAUGUGGCUCCUCUGCAGGCGAAUGAAAUGACAGUUCUGCGCAAGAGCUGUGCGGCGUUUGAUGUGGAGCAGCACAGAUUCAGAGAGCGAUUUCGGAAAGAAGCACCAUUCAGGUUUGACACUGAAAAACCUUAUCAACUGCUGGAUGCAAAGCACAUUGAGAUUAAACAAAUGGAGUCAGCCAUGACCUCAAUUUAUGAAUCAGCUGGUCUGUUUGAAGUCAUGGUGCCAGAUUAUAAACAACUGAAGCAGUGCCGAAAGGAGCUGUGUCUUCUUAAAGAGCUCUGGGAUAUGAUCUCCCUUGUGAACACGAGCCUUGAUGACUGGCAGACCACCAAAUGGGUGGAUAUCAAUGUGGAAAACAUGGAUAUGGAGUGUAAAAAGUUUGCAAGAGAGAUUUGGAAUUUGGAUAAGGAAAUGAGGGCAUGGGAUGCUUUCACGGGGCUGGACAGUAAGGUGAAGAACAUGCUGACGGCCCUGAAAGCUGUCGCAGAACUUCAAAACCCUGCUAUUAGAGAAAGACACUGGAAUCAACUGAUGCAGAUGACGGGUGUGAGGUUUGUGAUGGACUCAGACACCACACUGGCUGACCUCCUGAAGCUCAACCUGCAUAGCUUUGAGGAUGAAGUUCGUGGCAUUGUGGACAAAGCUGUGCGAGAAAUGAGUAUGGAGAAAGUCCUGAAGGAGCUACAAAGGACUUGGAGCACUAUGGAGUUUCAGUAUGAGCCUCACCCCCGAAUGAACAUCCCAUUGCUGAAGUCCAAUGAGGAACUCAUUGAAACUUUAGAAGACAACCAGGUGCAGCUGCAGAAUUUAAUGACAUCCAAAUAUAUUGCUUUCUUCUUGGAGGAAGUGUCUGCAUGGCAGAGGAAGCUGUCCGCUGCGGACUCUGUCAUUUCUCUCUGGUUCGAAGUGCAGCAUACAUGGUCUCACCUGGAGAGCAUAUUCAUAGGCUCAGAAGAUAUACGGGCACAGCUUCCUGAGGACUCCAAACGCUUUGAAGGGAUUGAUGUGGACUUUAAAGAACUGGCCUAUGAAGCUCAGAAAACCCCAAAUGUAGUUGAGGCCACCAAUAAACCAGGUCUGUCCCAGCAACUGGAAGACAUUCAGAGUAGGUUGUCUCUGUGUGAGAAGGCUUUGGCUGAAUAUUUGGACAUGAAGAGGUUGGCCUUUCCCAGGUUUUACUUCAUUUCUUCUGCAGAUUUACUGGAUAUCCUUUCCAAUGGCACCAACCCACAGCUGGUGCAACGUCAUCUUUCCAAACUCUUUGACAACUUGGCCAAGAUGAAAUUCCAGCUGGACUCUGAGCAAAAGGCAACCAAGGUUGGCCUGGGAAUGUACAGUAGAGAGGAGGAAUACGUCAGCUUCAGUGAACCCUGUGACUGCAGCGGGCAGGUUGAGGUCUGGCUGAACCAUGUACUAGACAGCAUGAGGGCUACUGUGAGAGACGAGAUGACGGAAGCCGUCAUGGCUUAUGAGGAGAAGCCAAGGGAACAGUGGCUCUUUGACUACCCUGCUCAGGUGGCUCUUUCUUGCACCCAGAUCUGGUGGACAACCGAGGUUGGGAUUGCCUUCACCAGGGUGGAGGAAGGCUAUGAGAAUGCAAUGAAGGAAUAUCACAAGAAGCAAGUAACCCAGCUGAACACCCUCGUUACCAUGCUGAUUGGGCAGCUCUCCAAAGGUGACAGACAGAAAAUCAUGACCAUAUGCACCAUCGAUGUGCAUGCUCGGGAUGUGGUGGCGAAAAUGAUAGCGCAGAAGGUGGACAAUGCCCAGGCAUUCAUUUGGCUGUCACAGCUCCGGCACAGAUGGUCAGAUGAGGAACGGCACUGCUUUGCCAACAUCUGUGAUGCCCAGUUCCUGUACUCCUAUGAAUACCUUGGCAAUACCCCUCGGCUUGUCAUCACUCCACUGACUGACAGAUGUUACAUCACCCUGACCCAGUCGCUGCACCUGACCAUGAGUGGAGCACCAGCAGGCCCUGCAGGCACUGGCAAGACGGAGACUACGAAAGAUUUGGGGCGAGCCCUGGGCAUCAUGGUGUAUGUGUUUAACUGCUCUGAGCAGAUGGACUACAAGUCCUGUGGGAAUAUUUACAAAGGCCUUUCCCAGACGGGAGCCUGGGGCUGUUUUGAUGAAUUUAACAGGAUCUCAGUUGAGGUCCUUUCUGUGGUUGCUGUACAGGUGAAGAGUGUGCAGGAUGCUAUACGGGAUAAGAAGAAAUCCUUCAAUUUUCUUGGAGAAGACAUUAACUUAGUUCCCUCAGUAGGCAUUUUCAUCACCAUGAACCCUGGUUAUGCAGGGCGAACUGAGCUACCUGAGAAUUUAAAAGCUCUCUUCAGGCCAUGUGCGAUGGUUGUGCCAGACUUUGAGCUGAUCUGUGAAAUUAUGUUGGUGGCCGAGGGAUUCAUCGAGGCCCGGGCAUUAGCCAGGAAGUUCAUUACUCUGUACCAACUCUGCAAAGAGCUCCUGUCCAAGCAGGAUCACUAUGACUGGGGCUUGCGUGCAAUCAAGUCAGUGCUAGUUGUCGCCGGCUCCCUCAAACGAGAUGACCCAGAGCGACCUGAAGACCAGGUUCUGAUGCGCUCACUUCGUGACUUUAACAUCCCCAAGAUUGUGAUCGAUGAUGUGCCAGUGUUUAUGGGCCUAAUUGGGGAUCUUCAGCGUGACCUGAAUUUUGAGUCAUUUGUGAGGCAGGCUGUGCUGGACCUCCAGCUGCAGGCUGAGGACAACUUUGUGCUCAAAGUGGUGCAGCUGGAGGAGCUGCUGAUGGUCCGGCACUCUGUCUUUGUGGUGGGUAAUGCAGGCACAGGCAAGUCUCAGGUCAUGAGAUCCUUGAACAAGACUUACCAGAUAAUGAAGCGACGUCCUGUCUGGACAGACCUCAACCCCAAGGCAGUCACCAAUGAUGAGCUUUUUGGCAUCAUUAAUCCAUCAACAAGGGAAUGGAAAGAUGGACUGUUUUCGUCAAUCAUGCGAGAGCUGGCCAACAUCACACAUGAUGGUCCCAAGUGGAUGGUACUAGAUGGAGAUAUUGAUCCGAUGUGGAUUGAAUCUCUUAAUACUGUGAUGGAUGAUAAUAAGGUGCUGACCCUGGCAAGCAAUGAGAGAAUCCCUCUGAACCCAACAAUGCGGUUGGUCUUUGAGAUCAGCCACCUGCGCACAGCCACCCCAGCAACCGUGUCCAGAGCGGGGAUCCUGUACAUCAACCCAUCAGAUCUGGGCUGGAAUCCCCCAGUGAGCAGCUGGAUUGACAGGCGAGAGAUCCAGUCUGAAAAAGCCAACCUGACCAUUUUAUUUGAUAAGUACCUGCCGGUUUGCCUGGACACCCUCAGAACAAGAUUUAAGAAGAUUAUUCCCAUUCCUGAACAGAGUAUGGUUCAGAUGCUGUGCUACCUCCUCGAAUGCCUCCUGACAGAGGAGAACACGCCUCCUGACUGUCCCAAGGAGCUUUAUGAACUUUAUUUUGUCUUUGCUGCUGUCUGGGCCUUUGGUGGAUCAAUGUUUCAAGAUCAGCUUUUGGACUACAGAGUGAAGUUCAGCAAGUGGUGGGUGGCCGAAUUCAAGACUAUCAAGUUUCCCUCUCAGGGUACAGUCUUUGACUUUUACAUUGAUCCAGAAACAAAGAAGUUUGAGCCUUGGUCUAAACUUAUUCCCCGCUUUGAAUUUGAUCCAGAAAUGCCAUUACAGGCUUGCCUGGUGCCCACUGCUGAGACAGUCCGCGUGCGGUACUUCAUGGACAGACUCCUGGAGCGCCGGCGCCCGGUGAUGCUGGUGGGCAAUGCUGGCACGGGGAAGUCUGUGCUAGUGGGGGACAAGCUGUCCUCACUGGACAUGGAUGCAUAUGUGGUGAAGAAGGUCCCAUUUAACUACUACACCACCUCUGCCAUGCUGCAAGGUGUGCUUGAGAAACCUCUGGAUAAGAAGGCUGGCAGAAAUUACGGCCCUCCAGGUACCAAGAAGCUUAUCUACUUCAUCGAUGAUCUAAACAUGCCUGAAGUGGACGCUUACGGCACGGUGCAGCCCCAUACACUGAUUAGACAGCACCUGGACUAUGGCCACUGGUACGACAGGACCAAGCUGUCACUGAAGGAGAUCAGGAACGUGCAGUACGUGUCAUGCAUGAAUCCAACUGCGGGGAGUUUCACCAUCAACCCGCGUCUGCAGCGUCACUUCUGUGUCUUUGCUCUCUCCACCCCUGGUCAGGAUGCCUUGUCCAGGAUCUACAGCACCAUUUUAGUGCAGCACCUGACAAGUGGGAAUUUCUCAGGGGCUGUGCAAAAAUCAGCUCAGCAGCUGAUUGCCCUGGCCCUGGGACUGCAUCAGAAAGUAGCUUCUAGUUUCUUGCCAACGGCUAUCAAGUUCCAUUAUGUUUUCAACCUGAGAGACUUCUCCAAUAUCUUCCAGGGCCUUCUGUUUUCAACCCCCGAAUGCCUGAAACAACCCCAAGAUCUAGUGAAGAUCUACCUGCAUGAGGCAAACCGGGUGUAUCGGGAUAAGAUGGUUGAAGAAAGUGAUUAUGAUACCUUUGAUAAAAUCCAGCUGGACAUGGUGAAGAAAUUCUAUGAUGAUGUUGAGGAAACUUUGGAGCAGACCAAACAAAUGAAUAUUUACUGCCAUUUUGCUAAAGGCAAUGGUGAACCCAGCUAUAGUCCAGUUCCAACCUGGGAGGAGUUGAACCAAAUCCUUGUGGAAGCCUUGGACAACUACAAUGAAGUCAAUGCUGCCAUGAACCUGGUACUAUUUGAGGAUGCCAUGUGCCAUGUUUGCCGCAUCAACCGUAUCUUGGAGUCCCCCAGAGGAAACGCUCUCCUAGUUGGCGUGGGCGGAAGUGGCAAGCAGAGCCUGACCAGACUGGCAGCCUUCAUUAGCUCUCUGGAGGUUUUCCAGAUCACUUUGAGGAAAGGGUAUGGGAUCCCUGACCUGAAGACAGACCUGGCAAACCAGUACCUGAAAGCCGGCGUGAAGAACAUAGGCACCAUGUUCCUGAUGACCGACGCGCAAGUGGCAGACGAGCAGUUUUUGGUGCUGGUGAAUGACUUCUUAGCAUCAGGUGAAAUCCCUGAUCUCUUCUCCGACGAUGAAGUUGAAAACAUCAUCAACAGUGUGAGGAAUGAAGUCAAAGGCCAGGGGCUAGUGGACUCCAGGGAGACUUGCUGGAAGUUUUUUAUAGAACGUGUUCGACGACAACUGAAGGUUGUGCUGUGUUUUUCACCCGUUGGCAGCAAGCUGCGCAUCCGCAGCAGGAGGUUCCCCGCCAUUUUCAGCUGCACAGCCAUAGACUGGUUCCAGGAGUGGCCAAGGGAGGCCCUUGAGUCUGUCAGCCUCCGCUUUCUGCAAGAAACAGAGACUGUGGAGGAUUCACUGAAAGAUUCAAUAAGCAAAUUCAUGGCGUACGUCCACACAAGUGUCAACAAGAUAUCCCGAUUGUAUCUGAGCAAUGAGCGACGAUAUAACUACACCACGCCAAAGUCGUUCCUUGAGCAAAUCAAACUCUAUCAGAAUUUGCUGUUGAAAAAGGGCAAGGAUUUAAAAGCAAAAAUGGAACGACUAGAGAAUGGCCUGGAGAAGCUCAACAGCACAGCAGCACAGGUGGAUGAGCUGAAGGCCAAGCUGGCAGCCCAAGAAGUGGAGCUGAAGCAGAAGAAUGAGGAUGCUGACAAGCUGAUCCAGGUGGUGGGGGUGGAGACAGAGAAAGUGAGCAGGGAAAAGGUGAUCGCUGAUGAGGAGGAGCAGAAAGUGGCACUCAUCACCCAGGAGGUCAAGCAGAAGCAGAAGGACUGCGAGGAGGACCUGGCCAAAGCUGAGCCUGCUCUGGCAGCUGCCCAGGCUGCUCUGAACACCCUCAACAAGAAGAAUCUGACAGAGCUGAGGUCCUUUGGGUCACCACCUUCAGCUGUCAGCAAUGUCACUGCGGCCGUGAUGGUGCUGAUGGCCCCGGGAGGAAAGAUUCCUAAGGACAGGAGCUGGAAAGCAGCAAAAGCCUCCAUGGCCAGGGUGGAUGGCUUCCUGGACUCCUUGAUCAAGUUUGACAAGGAGAACAUCCACGAGAACUGCCUCAAAGCCCUUCAGCCUUAUUUGCAAGAUCCCAAGUUUAAACCCGAAUUUGUGACCACCAAGUCCUAUGCCGCAGCUGGCCUCUGCUCCUGGGUGGUAAACAUCAUGCGCUUCCACGAGGUGUACUGUGACGUGGAGCCAAAGCGGCAGGCUCUGAGCAAAGCCAAUGUGGAGCUGGCGGCUGCCCAGGACAAGCUGGCCAGCAUCAAGGCCAAAAUUGGUCGCCUCAAUGAGAACCUGGGAAAGCUCACAGCCAAGUUUGAGAAGGCCACUUCAGACAAACUCAAAUGUCAGCAAGAAGCUGAAGCUACAGCGUGUACCAUCGCUCUUGCAAAUCGACUGGUUGGGGGACUCGCCUCUGAGAACGUGAGAUGGGCUGAAGCCAUGAAGGACUUCAAACAGCAACAGAGCACCUUGUGUGGAGAUGUCUUGCUGGUUACGGCCUUCAUCUCUUACCUGGGCUACUUCACCAAGAAAUACCGUCAAGACCUUCUGGAUGGAAUCUGGAAGCCAUAUUUGCACCAGCUAAAAGUGCCAAUCCCUGUAACUUCAUCCCUUGAUCCUCUGACCAUGCUGACAGAUGAGGCUGAUGUAGCGACUUGGCAGAACGAAGGCCUGCCAGCUGAUCGGAUGUCCACUGAAAAUGCCACCAUCCUCACCAACUGUGAGCGCUGGCCCCUCAUGGUGGAUCCCCAGCUGCAGGGCAUCAAAUGGAUCAAAACAAAGUAUGGCGAAGACCUCAGAGUGAUCCGAAUUGGGCAGAAGGGGUAUCUGGACACGAUGGAACGAGCCCUGGCUGCAGGAGAACUGGUUUUGAUUGAAAACCUGGAGGAAUCCGUGGAUCCAGUUCUGGGGCCAUUACUGGGGCGAGAAACAAUCAAGAAAGGGAGGUACAUUAAGAUCGGGGACAAGGAGUGUGACUUCAACCCUGCUUUCCGUCUUAUUCUCCACACAAAGCUGGCAAACCCCCACUUCCAACCCGAGCUUCAGGCACAGUGCACCCUCAUCAACUUCACCGUCACACAAGAUGGCUUGGAGGACCAGCUGCUCGCGGCGGUGGUCAACAUGGAGAGGCCUGACUUGGAAGAGCUUAAGUCAGAUCUCACAAAGCAACAGAAUGGAUUCAAAAUCAGCUUGAAAACCUUAGAGGACAACUUGCUCUCUCGGUUGUCAUCAGCAUCUGGGAACUUCCUGGGAGACACAGCGUUGGUUGAGAACUUGGAGAUCACUAAACAGACAGCUGCAGAAAUUGAAGAGAAGGUCCAGGAGUCUAAGAUGACAGAAACCAAGAUUAACGAAGCCAGAGAGCACUACAGGCCUGCUGCUGCACGGGCCUCUCUGCUGUACUUCACCAUGAACGACCUCCAUGCCAUCCAUCCCAUGUACCAGUUCUCUCUGAAGGCGUUCAGCAUUGUGUUUCAGAAAGCCAUUGAGAGGGCAGCCCCAGAUGAGAGCCUCGCGGUGCGCGUGCUGAACCUCAUUGACAGCAUUACCUUCUCCGUGUUCCAGUACACAACCCGGGGGCUGUUUGAGUGCGAUAAAUUGACCUACACUGCUCAAGUUACCUUCCAGAUACUUCUGAUGAGUAAAGAAAUCAAAACAGUAGAACUGGAUUUCCUACUAAGAUACCCAGCGCACAGCAGAGUCACAAGCCCUGUAGAGUUCCUGUCUAAUCACUCCUGGGGAGGGAUCAAGGCUCUCUCAUCAAUGGAGGAAUUCAGAAACCUGGAUCGGGAUAUUGAAGGGUCUGCAAAACGGUGGAAGAAAUUUGUUGAAUCUGAGUGUCCUGAAAAGGAAAAGUUCCCUCAGGACUGGAAGAACAAGUCAGCUCUGCAGCGGCUGUGCAUAAUGAGAGCCAUCCGACCCGAUCGCAUGACCUAUGCUGUCAGAGAUUUUGUAGAAGAAAAGCUUGGCAGUAAAUAUGUUGCAGGAAGAUCCCUGGAUUUUGCAACAACCUUUGAGGAGUCAGGACCUGCAACUCCAAUGUUUUUUAUCUUGUCCCCAGGAGUUGACCCACUGAAGGAUGUGGAGAAACAAGGGAAGAAACUUGGUUACACAUUUAACAACAGGAAUUUCCACAAUGUUUCCCUUGGACAAGGUCAAGAGGUAGUUGCUGAACAAGCUCUAGAUCUGGCUGCGAAGGAGGGUCACUGGGUCAUCCUGCAGAACAUCCACCUGGUGGCCAAGUGGCUGAGUUCUCUGGAGAAGAAGCUGGAGCAGCACAGUGAGGGCAGCCACCAGGAUUUCCGUGUCUUCAUUAGUGCAGAGCCGGCACCCUCCCCUGACAGCCACAUCAUUCCCCAGGGCAUCCUGGAGAACUCCAUCAAAAUCACCAACGAGGCCCCGACUGGAAUGCAUGCAAACCUGCACAAAGCCCUCGACAACUUCAAUCAGGAGACCCUGGAGAUGUGCACCCGGGAGAAUGAGUUCAAGAGCAUCCUGUUUGCCCUCUGCUAUUUCCAUGCCUUGGUGGCAGAAAGGCGCAAGUUUGGUCCCCAGGGCUGGAACCGUUCUUACCCCUUUAACGCUGGAGACCUCACUAUCUCUGUGAACGUGCUAUAUAAUUACCUGGAGGCCAGCUCAAAGGUCCCUUAUGAUGAUUUACGCUACCUCUUUGGUGAGAUUAUGUACGGAGGUCACAUUACAGAUGACUGGGACAGGCGGCUUUGCAAAACCUAUUUGGAAGAAUUUAUUAAGCCAGAAAUGCUGGAGGGAGAACUCCUCCUUGCUCCAGGAUUCCCCCUCCCAGGGAACAUGGACUAUAAUGGCUAUCAUCAGUACAUAGAUGAUGCCUUGCCUCCAGAGUCUCCGUAUCUGUAUGGCCUCCAUCCCAAUGCUGAGAUUGGCUUCCUUACCCAGACCUCAGAGAAGCUCUUCCGUAUCGUGUUGGAGAUGCAGCCCCGGGACACCAGCAUGGGUGAAGGAGGAGUGGUGACCAGGGAAGAAACGGUGAAAGCUCUUCUGGAAGAGAUGUUAGAGAAACUGAUGGAUGAGUUUAACAUUGCAGAACUGAUGGCAAAGGUGGAGGAGAGGACGCCGUAUGUUGUGGUUGCCUUCCAGGAAUGUGAGCGCAUGAACAUCCUCACCAGUGAAAUAAAGCGUGCUCUCAAGGAGCUGGAUCUGGGGCUUAAGGGAGAACUGACCAUGACAAGUGACAUGGAGAACCUGCAGAAUGCCCUCUUCUUGGACACGGUGCCUGAGUCCUGGAUAAAGAGGGCUUACCCUUCCACAGCCAGCCUGGGCACAUGGUUCGUUGACCUCCUCAAUCGUAUCAAGGAGCUGGAUGCCUGGACAGGAGACUUUUCAUUACCCUCCGCAGUGUGGCUUGCUGGGUUCUUCAAUCCCCAGUCUUUCCUGACAGCUAUCAUGCAGUCCACAGCCCGGAAGAAUAAGUGGCCUUUGGACAAGAUGACCUUGCAGUGUGAUGUGACAAAAAAGAACAGAGAAGAUUUUGCCAGUCCUCCUCGGGAAGGGGCAUAUGUCCAUGGUUUGUUCAUGGAGGGUGCACGCUGGGAUGCACAGGCUGGGAUAAUCACAGAUGCCAGGCUCAAGGAACUAACGCCGGCCAUGCCUGUCAUUUUUAUCAAAGCCAUUCGUGCUGACACAAGUAUGUACCCAUGUCCUGUGUACAAAACACGCCAAAGAGGGCCAACUUAUGUGUGGACUUUUAACCUUAAAACUAGAGAAAACCCUUCCAAAUGGGUGCUCGCUAGUGUGGCAUUGUUGCUACAGAUCUAGGCUCACCAGCAGAGCGCCUCAUUUGAAAAUCCCUAAUGAUGUCUUUCUCAGACAAUU